UCAAAAGGAUUUCAUGGAGAGAGGGAUGGGGGAAAUGUAUUUUUAAAAGCUCCCCUACUGGACAUUAGAGCCAACGGGCUUGCAGUGAAAUACAUGGCAGCUGUACCAGUGGGCCAACAAAGGUCAAUUUUAAUUCAUGGCCUUGUCUGUGGUGGUGUGGGGGGAAAACAUAAUUACGAGAUCGCUUGGGAAAUGACUGUCUCACUGCGGCUAGACAUUUUACUAGUACAAAGAACAGAAGAACUCUAAUGACAGUACUGCUAACUGGAUAAAAUUUUGGCUACUUCAGCUUUAGUGAAUAAUUUGUCUUCUUCAACUUGAUUUACUAACAUCCUGGCUGACAAGUGCAACACACAAAGCCAUCUGUUACUCGAAGGUAUCAGGAUCACCAAUCAGCCACCCUCAGAAUAAGCAGCUGUAAAUCUAGAGUGCCUAUACUUUCUAAAUAGAGUGAAGGUUUGACAUUAAUCUCCUCAAGUUGCUGAGUAGCUGGUACUGUGCCCAAACACAAAUGGGAAAACGGAAGGAGAAAGGUUAAGUGACAAGCCUAAAGCUCCGAGAGUGGGACAGAGUGGGUCUGGACUGUGAUUAGAAUCCUGGGGGUUCCUGAUUCCGAGUCCUGGGUCUAUCUGUCCAUACGUCCAUCCCAUAACUGCUGUGUCUCAGAACUGGAUUUGACCUCCCUCUCCAGUCAACAUGCCAGUUUGAAUGUGAGCUUGUGCUGUGACAGAUCAACAUUCAUCUCUCAAGAAGUCAUAUUCCACAUGGAGUAGAAAUAAAGCUGAGGCUGGUUUAAACUGUUUGGCAACUUCACUCAGACCACACAGAAGAAGUGAAAAAAUCUGCAACCUCUAAGGGGAAGGAAUGACAUUGGGGUGGCUGGAGUCUACUACACUCAGGAUUCUUCAUCAAAGAGUCCAAACUAAAGGGUUCUCUCUUCCACAAGCUGUGCUACUGUCAGGGUUGUGAUCCUGGUGUUACAUGAGAAAUUCAACCCUGGCUGAGAACCAAGCUUAAAUGGGAAUCCAGCCUAGGGGUCAACAGAGAGGACAUUCUUUUUGGCUCUUACAUCUAAAUGUGUUACUCCGCUCCCCCCCGCCCCAACCUAUGGUAAUGGGGCCCUUGAGGCCUGUGUCAUUUUUUCAGGAGGAUAGAACUGGGCAACAAGCGGAGGCCGGAGUAUCAUGGAGAGAUCAACAGUCACAUUGCCGGCGAAGCCAGAUGAGGAAGCAGUUUAAGCUGUGAAUUUCUUCUUUGCUCCCAUAGAACAGUGACGACCAUCAUUUUUUUUCUUCACAUAGAGAGAUGCUUUGUGAACAAGUAUCCUGGAGCACAAUGGAAAAGUAUUAAUACAAGACAUCAGAAAAAAGUGCUGCAAUGUCUAGUGUGCUGAGGGGAAAAAGAAAGACUUAUGACUGCAUCUUGAAACACUCUCAGAUGAUUUGAGGUUACAUUUUUGGAAGAUCUCAACUGGAGCUGUGAAGAAAAGAAAGGGAGGAAGGGAGGCAGUGACUGAAUGGUAUUUCUUACAUUAUUUGAAAGAGAGAAGGCCCUGGGAACCUGCAAACAAUCAGGCAGUUUCUGAAAAAUCUUUAUGGUAAAGGAUAAUCCAGGACUUCCUGUAGAAGAACAUAGUGAAUGAUAAUCCAGAGCAGCUGUUGGAGCAUUGUGCUCACAGGGAGAUGAUUCCUCAUGAAGUCACUGGAUCCCCUUCAGAAAUCAAAUGUGACUUUCCAUUUAUCAGACUGAAAUCAGAACCAGCCAGACAGUGAAGCAAGAACAGUGGAGGGGGGACGGCGAAAGAUGAAAUCCAACCAAGAGAGGAGCAAUGAAUGCCUGCCGCCCAAAAAGCGAGAAAUCCCCACCACCAGCCUGCCGUCCGAGGUGAAGCCAGUGGUCCUGCCAAACGAAAACCACCGCACGGACAACUUAACAUGGCUCUCCAGUACGCCCAGCAGCCAGAGCAGCAUGGGUGGAAGGCACCGGCCUGGAGGGAGUUCAGUGGAGAUUGGCUUGCAGCAGGGUUUACACAAAGCAUCGUCUACAGGAAUGGACUAUUCUCCACCGAGUGCUCCCAGGUCUGUUCCAGUCUCAACAACACUUCCCACAGUGUACUCGCCCGCACUCUCACAGUCAGGGACGCCUGUAUCCCCGGUGCAGUACACGCACCUGCAGCACACUUUCCAGUUCGUUGGGCCCCAGUACAGUGGACCAUACGCCGGAUUCAUCCCCUCCCAGUUGAUUUCCCCGACAGCCAAUUCCGCAACUUGUGCGGCAGCCUCUGCCACUGCUGUUGCAACCACUCCAUCCCAGCGUUCCCAGCUGGAGGCUUAUUCCACUUUCCUGGCCAGCAUGAGCAGCUUAAGUCAGCAGGGGCACAAAGUUGAGCAGCAUCUAGUCAGGACACCUGGAUUGAUUGCAGCAGGGUCUCCUCCACCGACCCAGCAAAACCAGUAUGUCCACAUUUCCAGCUCUCCCCAGAGCGCGGUCAGAAAUGUCUCUCCUCCGACCAUCCCAGUCCAUUUGCAUCCCCACCAAACGGCGAUUCCACACACCCUCACCCUCGGCCCCUCCUCCCAAGUGGUGGUGCAGUACUCGGACUCCGGGGGCCACUUCGUUACGAGGGAUUCUACCAAGAAAGCCGAGAGCAGCAGGCUGCAGGCAAUGCAGGCAAAGGAAAUACUGAAUGGAGAGAUUGAGAAAAGCAGGAGGUACGGCCUCUCACCCUCUGGAGAUGUGAGUCUAGUCAAAGCAGGCAAUAAACCAGCUCCUCAUCAUUAUGAGACCAGACAUGUGGUGGUGCACUCGAGUCCUGCUGAGUACAGUGCACGGGAUUCCUCAGGCAUCCGGGCCUCUGUUAUGGUUGUACCGAACAGCAGCACACCUAUUACGGAGAUGGAGGUACAGCAGGCCACCAGCAGAGAAACUCCUCCCUCAGUCCUCAAUGACAAGGGAAACCUGCAUUUAGGAAAGCCAGCCCACAGGUCUUAUGCUUUAUCUCCGCAACAGACUAUGGGCCAUGAGGGGGUGAAAGCAGUUGCCACGCUGUCCCCCCACACUGUCAUUCAGACCACCCACAGCGCCUCAGAGCAACUCCCUGUCGGGCUGCCUGCGACAGCCUUCUAUGCCGGGGCCCAGCCGCCAGUAAUUGGCUAUCUGAGCAGUCAGCAGCAAGCGAUUGGUUACCCUGGAAACCUGCCACAGCACCUGGUGAUCCCUGGCACCCAGCCCCUGCUUAUACCAGUUGGCAAUGCAGACGUUGAAUCAUCAGGAGUAGCACCUGCUAUAGUCACUUCAUCUCCCCAGUUUGCAGCAGUGCCUCAUACAUUUGUCACUACCACCAUUCCUAAGAGUGAGAAUUUCAGUGCUGAGUCUCUAGCAACCCAGCCAGCCUACCAGGCAGCCUUGGUGCAGGCCCAGAUCCACCUCCCGGUGGUGCAGUCUGUAGCUUCUCCAACGGCAGCUCCUCCUACACUGCCUCCUUACUUCAUGAAAGGGUCAAUCAUUCAGUUGGCCAAUGGGGAGCUGAAGAAAGUAGAGGACUUAAAAACAGAAGACUUUAUACAGAGUGCAGAAAUUAGCAAUGACCUGAAAAUAGACUCCAGCACAGUGGAGAGGAUUGAAGACAGCCAUAACCCAGGCAUUGCUGUGAUACAGUUUGCAGUUGGAGAGCAUCGAGCACAGCCAGACCACUGGUCUCUGCACCAGCAGAAGAGAUACAAAUUAGUCAGCGUUGAAGUCUUGGUUGAAUACCCUUUUUUUGUAUUUGGACAAGGCUGGUCGUCCUGCUGCCCUGAGAGAACCAGCCACCUCUUUGAUUUGCCAUGCUCCAAACUCUCAGUUGGGGAUGUCUGCAUAUCGCUUACUCUCAAGAAUCUGAAGAAUGGCUCUAUUAAAAAGGGCCAGCCCAUGGAUUCAGCUAGUAUCUUGCUGAAGCACUCAAAGAAUGACAGUCUAGCUGGAAGUAGACACAGGUAUGUGGAGCAGGAAAAUGGUAUUAAUCAGGGAAGUGCACAGAUGUUAUCUGAGAAUGGUGAACUGAAGUUUCUGGACAAAAUAGGAUUGCCUGCAGCACCUUUGUUCACCAAAACAGAACCCAGCAAGCCCACGGCGACGAGGAAGAGGAGGUGGUCGGCCCCUGAAACACGGAAACUAGAGAAAUCAGAAGAGGAACCACCUUUGACUCUUCCCAAGCCUUCUUUUAUUCCUCAGGAGGUUAAAAUUUGCAUUGAAGGUCGAUCUAACGUAGGCAAGUAAAGGCUGUUUGGGGAAAGGAAA